CAAUAAUGGUUGGGGGUGUUGGUCCAGUCCUUUUCUUUCUGUUUCUUAUUCUUUAAUCCUUCUUUUUUGUCUCCCAGUUGUCACCUCUAUCUCUCUCUCUCUCUCUCUCUCUCUCUCUCUCUCUCUCUCUCUACCUUGCAAGUUUCAACAAGUUCAAACACUUUAUGACAACACACACACAUUGAUACAUCUUUGUUUCAAGAACUGAAAUUUAUCAUCUUUGAUCAUUUCAAAACAUGGAACAACUUGUCAAGUUCAUCAUUCGUCCACCAAGAGCUGAAUAUGAUCCAAAAAGUGAUCUAUUGGAUAAUGAGUUCAUGCUAAAAGGGAAAUGGUUUCAACGGAAGGAUGUCGAGAUAAAAAACGACCGUGGUGAUGUUCUUCAAUGCAGUCAUUACCUGCCUAUAGUUAGUCCUGAUGGAAAACCGCUGCCGUGCGUUAUAUAUUGCCAUGGAAACAGUGGAUGCAGGGUAGAUGCCAGUGAAGCUGCUAUGGUUUUACUUCCUUCAAAUAUUACAGUUUUUGCUCUUGAUUUCUCGGGAUCUGGUAUUUCUGGAGGGGAACAUGUCACACUUGGUUGGAAUGAAAAGGACGACCUGAGAGCUGUGGUCAACUAUCUGCGGACAGAUGAAAAUGUAUCCCUCAUUGGCUUAUGGGGACGCUCAAUGGGCGCUGUGACUAGCCUUAUGUAUGGUGCUGAGGAUCCUUCAAUUGCAGGGAUGGUUUUAGACAGUCCCUUUGCUGAUUUGGUUGAUUUGAUGAUGGAACUUGUAGAUACAUACAGAUUCCGUCUGCCAAAAUUUACUGUGAAGUAUGCAAUUAAAUACAUGCGAAGAACAAUCCAGAAAAAGGCAAAAUUCGAUAUAAUGGACUUGAACACCAUUAAGGCAGCAAAAUCUUGUUAUGUUCCUGCUCUACUUGGUCAUGGCGUUGAGGACGAUUUCAUACAUCCUCGUCACUCAGAUCGCAUACUCGAAGCUUACAUGGGAGACAGAAACAUAAUUAAAUUUGACGGAGAUCACAACUCGCCACGUCCUCAGUUUUAUUUUGAUUCCAUAAACAUAUUUUUUAACAAUGUUCUUCAACCUCCAGAGGAUGAGCUCGGGGAAUCUUUUUUUGACUUUACUAGUGAUUACUUUGGUAAGGACAUUUGGCGAUCUGUGCACGAACUAAGUUAUGAUAAUGAACGGUCGUCCGAAAACAAAGAACCAUCAACAAGUACUGUGGAUGCCAUUAAGCAAGUCCAUCCAAAAAGACCGAUGAGUAGGAUGGAGGAAGAGAAAUGUGACCAUUUUUCCUCCUCGUCAUCAACAAUGCUUAGCUUUGAACUAUCAAAUGGUCACCUCUAUGAUCCGCGUGUUCCUACCACGUUGGAUGAUGAUGAUGAUCAGUAUGCUGAAUAUCAACUUGAUGACCUUACUGGCAUUCCUUCGAGUGCAGACGAAGAACAAAGAAUGUUGAUGGAAGCGGUGAAAGAAUCACUUAAACACCGUGAAUUACAAAAUCCACAGGUAGAACAACUGCCUGCAGAAUCAUCAGAUAAAGAUGAGUCACGUGCUUCUUCACACGAGAUUUCCAAACCUAUGGAGACAGAGUCUUCUUUAGUCAAACACAGCAUGCAUUCAACAGCACAAACCACUUCUGCAGCAUCUGGCGUAUGCGAUUGCUUGGAAACUGAGUCAAACGCGGCAUCAUCGGAAACAUCAUUGGACACUUCAUCUAGCAAUACAGUAAAUGGUUCUUCACAUAGUAAUAGUUCUGCAACUUCUGCUAGCUCAAAAUGUUCAUCAGAGAUUGACAUAUCACAUAAAACCAAAGCAACAUUAACUGUCAUUAGGAAUCCAGCUAGCCAUGUCAUGAACGGCUUAAUGCGUCGUUGGGAUUUCAACAUUUUUAGAAACAGUCACAACUGCUAAAAUAGUUAGUCUCGUUUAUCUAUAGGUGAGGUUAUACAUUAUUUUUAUCACUAUAAAGAAAAGAAAAAGUUUGUAGUUUGUAAAAUGACAGAAAAACAUGUUUUUGUGUGUAAGUUUAGCAGGAUUGAAUUAUCAUCGAACAGAACAGAUCAGUUAAUGUUCUUUGACUGUAUGAGAGAAUUGUUGUGUUUUUACACCCAUAUAAACAAAAGUUUCUGGAUUUUUUA